AUGCUGCUGAACAUCCUGGAGGAGUUGGAUGACAAGGAAUUCAGCUCUUUCAAGUGGUAUCUGAAAAACAUGGGGAACAUCCCACCGUGCCACCUGGAGCCAGCAGACAGGCAUGAGAUUGUGGACCUGUUGUGGUUGUAUGGCAGGCAGGAGGCCGUGGACCUGAGGCUGUCGUAUGGCAGGCAGGAGGCCGUCAACAUGACCAGAGAAUGUCUGAUGAAGAUCCAGAGGAACGACCUGGCGGAGCGUUUACCUGCUACACAAGAACGGGAAGAAGAAGAAAAGCUCAGGAAGAAACAGGAAGAAGUAGAAGAAGAGCUCAGGAGGAAACGGGAAGAAGUAGAAGAAGAGCUCAGGAGGAAACGGGAAGAAGUAGAAGAAGAGCUCAGGAGGAAACGGGAAGAAGAAAAGCUCAGGAAGAAACGGGAAGAAGAAGAAAAGCUCAGGAAGAAACGGGAAGAAGAAAAGCUCAGGAAGAAACAGAUAGAAGAAGAAAAGCCCAGGAAGAAACAGGAAGUAGAAGAAAAGCCCAGGAAAAAACAGGUAGAAGAAGAAAAGCCCAGGAAGAAACAGGAAGUAGAAGAAAAGCCCAGGAAAAAACAGGUAGAAGAAGAAAAGCCCAGGAAGAAACAGAAAGAAGAAGAAAAGCCCAGGAAGAAACAGGAAGAAGAAGAAGAAAAGUUCAGGACAGCUGCUAUGCUGCUGAACAUCCUGGAGGAGUUGGACGACAAGGAAUUCAGCUCUUUCAAGUGGUAUCUGAAAAACAUGGGGAACAUCCCACCGUGCCAACUGGACCCAGCAGACAGGCAUAAGACCGUGGACCUGAUGCAGUCGUAUGACAGGCAGGAGGCCGUGAAGAUGACCAGAGAAUGUCUGAUGGAUAUCCAGAGGAAAGACCUGGCGGAGCGUUUACCUGCUACACAAGAAGAAGAAAAGCUUAGGAAGAAAAAGGAUGAAGUAAAGCUCAGGAGGAAACAGGAAGAAGAAGAAAAGCUCAGGACAGCUGCUAUGCUGCUGAACAUCCUGGAGGAGUUGGACGACAAGGAAUUCAGCUCUUUCAAGUGGUACCUGAAAAACAUGACGAAAAUCCAACCGUGCCACCUGGACCCAGCAGACAGGCAUAAGACCGUGGACCUGAUGCAGUCGUAUGGCAGGCAGGAGGCCGUGAAGAUGACCAGAGAAUGUCUGAUGAAGAUCCAGAGGAACGACCUGGUGGAGAGUUUACCUGCUACACAAGGGUCAGCGGUGCCGAUGCAACGCCCUCACGCUCACCUGCUACGCCCUGCAGUGGCCCACGACGUCUUUCCAUCCGGGAGUGGAGAGGAGAGGGGAGAGGGAGAAGAGGGAGGAGAGGGAAGAGAGGAGAGGACAGAGGGAGAAGAGGGAGGAGAG